AUGCGGCUUCUGUUCCUGGCGGUGCUGCGGCCGCACACCGGGAACGCGGUCACGGCCGAGCGCGUCCGGGUCCACCUGGAGGCGGCAGGACACGUGUGCAUUCUGAAAGAUGCCUUUGACUUUGAAAGCCCGUCCGAAAUCGCAAACCUCAUCUCGGCUGAGAAGUGCGAGGCCGCCUUGGCCCUUCAUCUGUACCGGGGAGGCAGGCUUCUGCAAGAGAUUAACCAAAGUGCUGAUACCUUACAUGUGUUUCUUCUCAUCUGUGGACUUCGACAAGUCAAAGAUCCUCUUUAUUUGGUGGAUGCGUUUUCAGUCCUGCCCCUGCGGCGGCAUCUGACGCCCAUCGUAAAACACUCUGAGGUCGAAACACACUUUGUUGACCCGGUGCUUACGAGGGAAGUAAAAGCCAAAGUGCAAAGGGCCGCUGGCGUCCGGCAGAUCGGAGAGCUGCCCCAGGAAGACCUGCACGCGGCCGUGAAGAACUGCUUCGCGGUGGUGAACAGCUCUGUCUCCGAAGGCAUGUCGGCUGCCAUCUUGGAGGCGAUGGACUUGCAAGUGCCGGUGCUGGCGAGGAACAUCCCGGGGAACGCCGCGGUCGUGAAGCACCAAGUGACGGGAUUGCUGUUUUCAGACCCUCAGGAGUUUGUUCAGCUGGCCAAGAGACUGGUCAGCGAUCCCGCAUUAGAAAAGGAAAUUGUGGCCAACGGAAAGGCAUACGUGCGAAUGCACCACUCGUGGCGUGUGGAGAGAGACACCUACCAACGCCUCCUCAGGAAGCUCGAGGGAAGCCCCGAGGAUUGA